AUGGUGGCGGUGGCGGUGGUGUUGGUGGUGGGGUGGGGGUGGAGGACGUUGGAGUGGUUAUGGUGGAGGCCAAGGAGGUUGGAGAAGAUGCUCAAAGGACAAGGGCUUCGUGGAGGGCAGUACAGGCUUUUUUAUGGGGACCUUAAGGACAACGCUAGGUUGAUAAAGGAGGCAAGGUCUCAACCUUUGGCCCUUAACUCUCAUGACGUGGCUCCUCGUGUUGCUCCUCUCUUUCAUCACGCCAUGAAACUUCAUGGUAAAAUCUCCAUCACAUGGCUCGGACCUUAUCCUAGAGUGAGUUUAAUGGACCCGGAAUUAAUAAAAGAAGUACUUUCAAACAAGUUCGGUCACUUUGUGAAGCCAAACUUAACACCACUCGGAAAACUAUUAGCCCAAGGGCUUGCAAGCCAUGAAGGUGAAAAAUGGGCAAAACACCGAAGAAUUAUCAACCCUGCUUUCCAUCUUGAAAAAUUAAAGCGCAUGUUACCGGCUUUUUCGACAUGUUGUGAUGAACUAAUAAAGAGAUGGGAAAACAAGAUCAAUGCUGAGGGUUCAAUUGAGUUAAAUGUAUGGCCAGAGUUGCAAAAUCUCACUGGAGAUGUCAUCUCUAGGACUGCAUUUGGUAGUAGCUAUGAAGAAGGAAGAAGAAUAUUUCAACUCCAAACUGAACAAGCUGAGCUUGUUAUGCCAGCUUUGCAGUCUGUAUACAUUCCUGGUUACAGGUUUUUACCGACUCCAAAGAACAAUAGAAGAAAAGCAAUAGAUAGAGAGAUCAGAAUAAUACUUAGAGGGAUGAUCGAGAAAAGAGAGAAGGCCAUAAGAAUGGGAGAAAGUAGUAAGGAUGACCUUCUUGGUUUGCUAAUGGAGUCCAACAUGAAGGAGAAUGAAGAACAUGAAAGCAAGUUUAAAAACAAAGGGUUGAGUGUUGAGGAGGUGAUUGAAGAGUGUAAGCUCUUUUAUAUUGCAGGGCAAGAAACAACAUCAUCUCUUCUCACAUGGACAAUGGUUUUGCUGAGUAUGUAUCCAGAGUGGCAGAUUAAAGCAAGAGAAGAAGUUCUCCAAGUGUUUGGGAAAAACAAACCCGACAUGGAAGGCGUAAGCCGUCUAAAAACGUUGACUAUGAUACUGUAUGAAGUUCUUCGGCUAUACCCACCGGCCAUUUUCAUGACAAGAAUAACGUACAAAACAAUGGAACUUGGAGGGAUAACUUAUCCUCCAGGAGUGCUACUCUCGUUGCCGAUAAUUUUUGUUCACCAUGACUUUGAUUUUUGGGGAGACGAUGCAAAAGAGUUCAAGCCAGAGAGGUUUGCAGAAGGGAUAUCAAAAGCUUCAAAAGUUGCAGGUGCUUUCUGUCCAUUUGGUGGUGGUCCUCGUGUGUGCAUAGGCCAGGGCUUUGCACUGAUUGAAGCUAAGUUAGGUUUGAGUAUGAUCCUUCAACACUUCUCCUUUGAGCUUUCACCUUCUUAUGUCCAUGCACCAUACACUGUUAUCACUCUUCAGCCUCAGCAUGGAGCUCUAAUCAAGCUGCAUAAACUCUGAUGCUAUAUAUAUAUAUAUAUAUAUAUAUAUAUAUGAGUUUACUUUGAUUUUAGUUGUAGCAUCAUCUUGUCACAUGAAAAUAAUCAUGUCUUGGUGUGGAUGCAUGUGGCUAUAUGCUACUGACUUGAUUGUACAACACUGCCGAAUUAUAUCAAUUCCAAGGGUAUUGGGGGUGCUGCUUGUUAGAACAGAAUUGAAACUCCAUAU